UCACUUACCUUGUAUAUGUGGCUUUUCCACAUAACCUUCCUCUCUGUCUUUCAACCACAUGCAGGUUUUCUUUGAUGUGAGGAUUGGAGAAAAAGACGUUGGCAGAAUUGUGAUUGGCCUCUUUGGAAAAGUUGUGCCCAAGACGGUGGACAAUUUUGUUGCUUUGGCAACAGGGGAGAAAGGAUAUGGAUAUAAAGGAAGCAAAUUUCAUCGAGUCAUCAAAGAUUUCAUGAUUCAAGGAGGAGACUUCACCAACGGAGACGGCACUGGCGGUAUAAGCAUUUAUGGUGAGACAUUUCCAGAUGAGAACUUCAAACUGAAGCAUUAUGGCAUUGGGUGGGUCAGCAUGGCCAACGCCGGGCCUGAUACCAAUGGCUCUCAGUUCUUUAUCACCUUGACCAAGCCCUCCUGGCUGGACGGCAAACAUGUAGUAUUUGGAAAAGUCAUCGAUGGCAUGACAGUGGUCCACUCCAUAGAGCUUCAGGCAACUGAUGGGCACGACCGACCACUCACCGACUGCGCCAUCACCAACAGUGGCAAGAUCGACGUGAAAACGCCCUUUGUGAUUGAGGUCCCGGACUGGUGAUGCAGCUGGCAGAGAACAAGGAACAUACGCUGUCGGGGUGUGCGUGUGUGUGUGUGUGUGUGUGUGUGUCUCUUUUGAUUCUUCAAAGUUACUGUUUUGCUCUGUCUUUUUACUUUGUUCUGUUUUCCACUCCAGAUCACAAGAGAGUUGUGAAAAUCAGCCACUCAAACUUUAUUUUGCAUGAAUUUCGGUAAAUCACUUGUUUAGAGACUUUGGACUUAAAAAAAUAUCUCCUUCCGUAAAUGGUGCUAUUUUUAAACUAGAAAACUUUGUAUUAGCUAUCUUCUUUUGAAAAACACAAUCAUUAUUUUGCUGAAUUGUGAUCCCCAAGUGAUGCUAAAGAUUUGUCACGAAAAGAUAGGGACAUGAACUGUAUUAUUUUGUAUUUAAACAGGAUUUGUUUGUAGGUAAAGGGAGACUUGAUUAGUAUAAUCCGAUAUAUGUCAUAGGGACCUUUACCUGAUGAAAGGUGCUUUGAUGUUCUCUGUAUUAAAUACAUUUUAUAUAGAUCAA